AUGACUGCAGAUCCUAGGAAGAUGAUUUGCUAUGUAUGGUAACUUUAACACAGCGGAAAACUUAUAAACAUUUCUGCAUUAGCCACUCAUCAAUUUAAAUGCGCAAAAAUUCAAAGUCCAAGGGAAAAUGAUAGCAAAGAAAAUGCUAAAUCUGCUUCAGUGAAAGAAGAGUAUAUAAAAAUCCAAGAAAAUUACAAAAGUGAAUCCGAAAUGAUUGAAUGUCCACAUUGUAAAAGAAAAUUUCUUGAAGGAAGACUCCCAAUUCACUUAAAAAGUUGCACGUCUGAUCAUCCUUACAAGCCUGUGAAAUCAAAAGAAAAUCAAAGCAACAUUAAAGAAUAUGUCCCAAGCAAAUACAUGAAUAAGCCUCAAGAUAAAGAAAAGAAAGUAUCAGAUACCCCUAAAAACCGAAAAAGUGAGCCAGCAAUAAAAAGUAGGGACAAAGAAACAAAGCAAAUCGAACUAAAGCGAAAUUACUCACAGAUGCUGAAAGAUAUCAGAUAUGCAAGAAAAGUGCAAAAAGCGAAAGAAAAAUGACUACAUCAUGCAAGAAGUUUAACACCUCCAGGGCUCAAAGAAAUUUUGAAAAAGCAUAAGGAAAAAGAAUGCCCAUUUUGCUAUGAAAAAAUUGAAUUUGGGUUUGAGUUUCAUGUGGCUGCGUGUAGAGAUGCGACUGUGAGAGAAAACGAAAAAAAAUUAGAAGAUUUUAAAGAAGAGCAUAAAAUUUCAGAAAAAUCUAGCAACUCAAAUAUCAGAAAAAGGAAGUAUAAGCCAGCAGAAAUUCAGCCUAAAGAAGGGCUAGAAAGGUAUAAACAAAAUCUGCUAGAGUCUUCUAAAAAACAAUCAUUUUGUCACUUAUGUGGAAAGCAAUAUUUGCCUGAUGCAAGAUUUUGUGCUUUCUGUGGGAAAGAAAGAAUUAAAAUAUAA